AUGGCUGCACACGCAUUCCUCCUCUGCUCCCUCGCCUUGCUGUCUGCUCUCAGCCGGCCCGGGCUCUCCUUCACUGAGGAAGAGCUGCUGCCGGGACUCACCUAUGACGAAGUGCCUGAAAUCCUGGACAGAAGCAAAGAAAACCCCAAACAAGCAACAAGAGUCACAUCAAGUCAAGAUGGUGGGUACGGCUUAGAGAGCGAAGAGGUUAUUUUGACGCCUGAAGAUGAAAACCCACUCAGGAGAAUACUGCAGCCUUUUAACUGGCAUCAGCCUGGGAUGUCUCACAGUAAGAGGAAGCUGCUCCAGUCUCUGAUGGGGCCUUAUGGUCCACUAAGCGUGUCUUACAAUGGGAAGACCUGCAUUCUGUUCAAGGCAAAGCGUCUGGCUAUCCGCUACAGGAACCACACCUUUAUUGACCUGACUGAGAGGGUCUUCAACCCCAACUCACCUGUAGACACUAAAGGCUCAAUCUGCACCAAGGAAAAAGCAACGCUUUCAUUAAGGUUUGGUGAUGUGGAGGACUUGCGAGGUCUAGUAAUCAGGCUUCAGAUGUCAAACACUUUUUAUGAGGCAGCUGGUCAGAACUGGUUCACGCUUGACAGUGUUCACAUCCACUACAACUGGACCCAGGAGGCUACGUUCAACGCCAGCGAGGUCUACGCUCCUGCCACCUCAUCCUACCAUUGCCAGCACGUCAGCAGCCUGCACAAAUAUGACACCCUGCUAGUGCCCAGCUCCCACACUGACACAUCCGCUAACUGGCACAUCACUUUCACUGACUUCCAGAUCCAGGCCUUCAACGUGCAGUCAGACAAGUUUGCGUCGGCCAGUGACUGUGCCACGUUCCUGACGCCAGCCAUCCUUAUGGGCUUGGUGACAUCUUUGAUCCUGCUCCUCGUCUUAGCCUAUGCGCUGCACAUGGUGGUACACCUCAAGCACAUCGACCGCUAUGAGGAGCACAAAGCCACCGUCUACUUUCCCCGCAGUCCAGAGGCUGAGUUGCCAGACAAGAACAGCCUGUGA